CGGAAAUCCUGCGCGACUUACUCCAUAAAGAAAACGCUUUUAUUUAGACGACCACCCGGUUCCUUUGGUGAAGUGUGACGAUAAAACCGCUCAAAUGAAAAAGAAAAACCAAAUCAGUGAUAAAGUGGUGGCAAAGAAGAUGAGUGCAGAAGCUGCAGACCGGGAGGCAGCCACCUCCAGCCGUCCUUGUACUCCUCCUCAGACUUCAUGGUUUGAAUUUUUGUUGGAAGAAUCCUUAUUGGAAAAUCAUUUGAAGAAAUCUGAUUCAGACCCUUCUCCUGUCCAGUUGAUUGUCCAGUUUUUAGAGCAAGCUUCCAAACCCACGGUGAAUGAGCAGAAUCAAGUGCAACCCCCGACUGACAACAAAAGGAACCGCACUCUAAAACUGCUGGCUCUAAAAGUUGCAGCCUUUUUGAAAUGGGACCUUGAUAUUUUGGAAAAGAGUUUAUCCGUCCCUGUCCUGAACAUGCUGCUGAAUGAGUUACUAUGUGUGAGCAAAGUGCCUCCAGGAACAAAGCACGUAGACUUGGACCUCUCCAGCUUGCCCCCAACUACUGCCAUGGCUGUUAUGCUUUACAACCGAUGGGCCAUUAGGACGAUUGUUCAGAGCAGUUUCCUGGUAAAACCUGUAAAGCAAGGACCUCUACAGCCCAACAUUAUGAAUCAAAUCCAACAAGAGAAGGAGCUUACAGAAAAUAUUUUGAAAGUGUUAAAAGAGCAGGCAGAGGAUUCGAUCACUGUACUCGAGGGAAGUCUAAAAAUGAAGAGAGACUUCUAUGCCCAUACCAUGAGAACCUUGGAUCUGUUGGCUAUGGAGCCCGGCAUGAUCAAUGGAGAGACAGAGAAUUCAACAGCUGGGCUAAAAAUUAGUUCUGAGGAAAUGCAGUGCCAGGUAUCCUAUGACCUGGGGACUGUUUAUUUCCACCAAGGAGCCAUAAACCCACUGUGUUAUGAGAAAGCCAGAGACCGUUUUUUUAACACUAAGCAACUCCUUUCAAAGAUUGGCGCUGCAUCAAACCUUUUCUCAAUAGAUGACAAGAGGCUAGCGGGAUACUGUCAAGCAUGUGGAGUUCUGGCACCUUCAAACUUAGUUGUCCAGCAGUCGACACCUUACAGCCUGAUCCAUAGUUACAUGAAGGCUGGCAAUUACCAGGGCAUAUUAAAGAUCUUUUUGGAAGAUAAUGCUACCUGCAGUUUACCGGACCAGUUUAGACAGUCUAUUCUGCGAGAACUUUUCCAGAAAUCACAGCAUGGCAAUGGAGCUCUUUCAGAGAUCUGCUUCAAAAUCUGUGCAUGCAACACAAUUUGUGAUAUUCUUCAUGGGCGACCGGUGGGAGUUCAGUUUAACCAGCUAUUCAUGAGGCCAAAUAAAGAGAAGAUUGACUAUAUUCUUGAGGUGUGUUCCAAAUCACUGAAAUUUGAGCAAGCAACCGAAUCUGAGAGAAGAACAAUUGCAUCAUUUCUAAAGAACCUUUGUAUGGGGAUGGAUGAUCUGCAGUUGGUAUUCAUGAUUUCUUCCCAUGAGCUCUUUAUCAAACUGCUGACUGAGGAUGAAAGGAAGAUUUUGUUGGAGCAGAUUAGAAAGAGAACAUCGCGAGUCAAUCUCUGCACCAAACCUGUGACUUCUUUCUAUGAUAUUCCAGCCUCUGCCAGUGUUAACAUCGGUCAGUUGGAACAUCAGCUCAUACUGACUAUGGACCCCUGGAGAAUCCGCCAGAUCUUGAUAGAACUUCAUGGCAUGAAGUCUGAUAGUCAGUACUGGAUGGUGUCACAUAAGUGGGAAGUGCCAAUGAUAUACAGUGGAAUUAUCCUGGGGAUUAAAGACAACCUAACACGAGAUCUCAUUUACAUCCUGAUGGCCAAAGGCUUACACUGCAGUGCUAUUAAGGAUUUUCUUUAUGCCAAGCAGUUGCUGUCUGCCUGCUUAGAGCUGGUGACUGAGUUUUCUCCUAAGCUGCGCCAGGUCAUGUUGAAUGAGCUACUUCUUGUAGACAUUUACACCCAUGAGGCUGUGCAGAACCCCCCGGUGGAACGUCUUCCUCCAGAACUGGUCAGCCGAGUCCGAGGCUACCUGGAAAUGCGGAUACCAGAUAUUCCUAGUCGGCAGAUUGUAGCAGAGGAAUGUGUCGCCUUCCUGCUUAACUGGAGAGAGAACGAAUACCUAACCCUGCAAGUGCCAUUGUCCUUGGUACAGAGUAAUCCCUACGUGAAGCUGGGACAGUUAUUGUCUGCCACGUGUAAGGAGCUAUCGGGUCCAGAUAGCAGGAGAACGGCUAAAGAAUUAUGGGAGGUGGUCGUACAGAUUUGCAGUGUUUCCAAUCAGCACAAGCGGGGCAAUGAUGGCAGAAUCAGUCUGAUAAAGAACAGAGAUUCUACAAUGGGUAUCAUGUAUCGGAGUGAACUACUUUCUUUUAUAAAGAAGUUACGUGAACCGCUGGUUUUGACAACAUUACUGUCUCUCUUUGUCAAGCUCCAUAAUCUCCUGGAGGACAUUGUGAAUGAUAUCACCGCCGAGUACAUUUCCAUCUGGCCUUCAGCCAUUCCAAACCCCCAGGCUGUAGAUGUUGAUGCUGUUUCUGUGACAGUGAAAGAACUGGUGACGUACACUUUAACAAUAAAUCCAAACAAUCACUCUUGGCUCACUAUUCAGGCUGAUAUAUAUUUUGCCUCCAAUCAGUAUUCGGCUGCUUUAAAUUACUACCUCCAAGCAGGUGCGGUGUGUUCUGACUUUUUUACUAAGCAAGUUCCACCUGAAGUUUAUACAGACCAGGUGAUUAAAAGAAUGAUCAAAUGCUGUUCUCUGCUUAACUGCCACACACAAGUGGCUAUACUUUGUCAGUUUCUUAGAGAAAUUGACUAUAAAACUGCAUUCAAAGCUCUCCAAGAACAGAACAGUCAUGAUGCAAUGGAUUCCUACUAUGAAUACAUAUGGGAUGUUACUAUUCUGGAGUACCUCACUUAUCUUCACCAUAAAAGAGGAGAGAUGGAUAAAAGGCAAAUAGCAAUUAAAGCCAUUGGGCAGACUGAGCUGAAUUCCAGUAACCCAGAGGAGGUGCUGCAACUCGCUGCUCAGAGACGGAAGAAGAAGUUUCUCCAAGCAAUGGGCAAGCUCUAUUUCUGAAGCUAAUGGCACCAGCCCCUGUACAGUAUUUAUAGAAAUUUACAAGAGACCAAAAUAAAACAUCAUGUUUACUUUAA